GACUCCUCCCCUUUAAACGCGAGCCUGCGCGUUCAGCUCACCUGGCCACACCUGGUCGACUCAGAGUCAGCGAGUUUCGCACUAAACAGAAACUCGGAAACGCAAAGUAGAACUGAACUUUAAAAAGUGAGAACAGUCUCUCCACGUUUUGAUCCUAACUACGAAGACAAAAAGAAACUGAAACACUGUCAUGCUGUCCAGGACAGAGCAGCAGGCUUCGCUCCUAGCAAACACCCAAACCAACAAGGACCCCACACCGGGGGGAGAGGGAGCCUGGUCCCCAGUUCAGAGGCCGGGGGAGAACGAAGGCAGCAGAGCCCACAUGGGGCUCAGCGAUGACGCCAAGCUAGCCACCGGCAGCCUCUCCCAGGCGACGCCAGGAGAGGGCGCCGGAGAGAAGCCGGAGAGGGAAAUGGAAACGGAAGAUGGACAAGAAGUGAAUGAAAUGCCGGAGGUGGCCGCGCAGGUCUUCAGCCCCAGCGUUCAGAUCGUCACGCCUCCGUGCAGCCUGAGGAAGAGGAAGGAGGCUGAGGCGUACGAGAUCGAGGAGGCUCACCCCUUCCUGGCCCCGCAGAAGGAGCCCCUGCACGGGCUGUACGAGGACUGGCCUGAGGGGGCUGAUAGCCUGCCCCACCAGAAGCCGUCCGGGUGCUGCGGGGGCCGCUGUGACUGCUGCAGCUACUCCAGCCUCAAGGCCACUGCCUCCCUGGCCGGGGCGCUGCUCAUCGCACCCCUCUUGCUCUACGGGGGGUUUGUCUUCCUCCCUUUCGAUGCCCCCAUCCUCUCAGGAGCCCCCUCGGCCGUCAUCUACACCCUGCGCUGUGCCGCCUUCGCCACUGUGCCCAUCGUGCUGGGCAUCGCAGUGCACGGGAUCUCUCAGCUGUGCUCGUCCUCGCUGGAUCCGUUCGGGGACAGGAAGCAGGAAGUGGAGGUUCACCGGCGCUUCGUCAACCAGUCGGUCAGCCUGCUGGUCCUGUUUGUCCUCAACCUGGCCGUGCUGUCCACCUACCUGGACAGCAAGACCCUGAAGCUGGUGCCCCUGCUCAGCGGGCUCUUCGGCCUGGCACGGUUGAUCUACUGGCUGGCGUUCGCCAUUGGCAGUAAUUUCCGCAGCUUCGGGUUCGGGCUCACCUACUUCCCUAUCGUGGCGAUGCUGGGGGCAAACAUCUUCUUCAUGUUCGUGCAGCAAGGGGGGGGCUUGUUUGCCACCGAGGCCGUAACCACGACCCCCUCGCCCCCCAAGCAAAGAUUCUGGGGCUGAACGCCCCCCGCCAGCACCAGCACCCAAACCACAGACCUCGUCGGAUCAUUAGAAAUGCUGCAAGAAAGGUAGUGAAGAUGGGUGACAAACAUUUCAACUGGACGCUGAAUUGAGCACUGAAUUCAGUUUCUUUUAGGAUUUCUAAACGCAGCACUAGUAUGUGAUUUAACAGGAAUGAAUAGGCUUGCUCCUUUCUCAUGUUAAUUUUUCAGGGGCUCACGAAAUAGCAUAAUAAAUCCCUCGGCUUUUAGGGUGACUGGGGUUCUUCUUUGGAACCCCAUGAAUCCUGUCAAUUACACAACAGGCUUCAUUGCUUUCAGUCUGAGUCGUUUCUGACCAGCUGUGAUCGAGGGGGGGGCGGAGCUAUCCUGAGCCAAUAAGAAAGCAUCAGGUGUGAUUGACACCCGUUUCAUUAGAUUUUUCCUCUGCUUGGAGAUCUCUGCUCCAGAUGGAUUUGAUCAGAAGCAAAGAAUAAAUUGAGAAGAUUUUCGACCCCUUCGGUGGUUUGGAAUAAAGCGGUACCAGAUUAUUAUUUUUUUGUGCUUUUAUUUUUAUUUAAUUAAUAUAUAUAUAAUCUUAUAAACUGUAACGGGGAGAUGCAGCUUUUGUAUAUUCUAGAAUGUUACAGAUUUAAUUUCGAUGACAAAUUAGUUUUCACGAAAGUGUGUGUUUUACGUGCCACUGGAUUGGUUCAUCUCCUUUGUCAUUUGUCAGAUGGCAUCAGUCUGAACUACAUGCAGGGGUGGAAAUAAAAACCAGGACUGGAUCAAACCGCUAUGCAAUAUGAGUCUUAUUUCCAUCCCUGAGGUGAGUGCCACUCAACAGGAUAGAAUAGAGAGUCGCAUUUCAAUCUUUAGUCCCAAAUGUGUGAAGCCUCUGUUAAACCAACGUUGUAAUCCGACGAACACAAUGUGAACUGCUAACAAUCUUCUGACUUCUAAGAACUGCAUUUCUUUGUGGGUUCUUUCAUAUGUUUGUGUUUGAAUUUUGUUAGCGGUGUGGUUUGUUUCCAUUCUCCUGGGUAGUUUUAGCUGAACAGGGAAUCACUUUGUUGGAAGCUGCUUUCCACUGGACUGGGUGAGCGCAGCAGAACAGAAAUAUUCCUGCAUCCACUUGCAAGAGCAAUGCAGACAGAUGCAGAAUCUUCAAGCUGCUGAAGAAACGCAGGCCUCACUGUAGCGCAGCACGUAUAUCCCAGCAAAAGAAUAACCGGAAAUGAACAAAUACAUUUAUAGUGUGGCUUUAAUCAUUUAUUAUUAUUAUUUAGUAAUUUAGCAGACGCUUUUAUCCAGAGAGAUUCCAGAGACUAGGGGGUGAACUAUGCAGAGCCACUUACAAUAGGACCUCGGUUUACCUCUCAUUUUUUAGUUAUCACAUUUUUUGUUUUUUUUAUCGAACAAGCCUGUAAAAACAGAUGCUGUUUUACUUGAGUUUAAACACUGAAGAAUAAUUUAAUUAUUUUUUUUUUUGUAUUCAACUGUAAAGCUGUACAAUCUACAAAUGUACAAACAUUUUUUGUGUGUGUGUGUGUCGAUUUAUUGGGGUUCCAUUUGAAUCCUCUAUUUAUUUUGUAUUCGUAUUUUUAAUGUAGAAAUGAAGAAGGUACAUUUAAUUUUUUUGUGUGAUAAUAAACCCACGUUCUGAUCUGA